AGAGUUGAGGCCGGGCUGCCCUCGGGGAGGGGCGGAGCGGGCCGGGGCCGAGCAGGGCGGGGCGGAGGCUUGAGGUGAUCCCCGAGCCGCGGUAGCGGCUCCGGCUGUGCUGGGAAACCGAAAGUGGGCGGCGGCCGUGGCUGUGGCACUGGCGGAGACGGCGGCGGCGGGACCUGGGCCCAGAGGCGCGGGGACGGGCCGUGGGCCCCCGGAACGAGGUGAAGAUGCUGGAAGCAGAUCUAGUUUCAAAAAUGCUACGAGCUGUUCUACAGUCUCAUAAGAAUGGAAUAGCAUUGCCCCGGCUCCAAGGAGAGUACAGGUCCUUGACUGGAGACUGGAUCCCCUUCAAGCAGUUAGGUUAUCCUACGCUAGAAGCCUAUCUGAGAAAUGUGCCUGCAGUUGUCAGGAUAGAGACCAGUAGAUCUGGAGAGAUGACAUGCUAUGCCGUGGCCUGCACAGAAACUGCAAGGAUUGCUCAGCUUGUGGCUCGUCAGAGGAGUUCCAAAAGGAAAACUGGGAGGCAAGUCAAUUGUCAGAUGAGAGUAAAGAAAACCAUGCCAUUUUUUCUAGAAGGAAAACCAAAAGCAACCCUCAGACAACCAGGAUUUUCUUCGGAUUUUUCUAUCAGCAAAAAACCCAAUCCCACACUGUUAAGAGACAAAGGAGACUCUCUCAUAGUUAAGUGUGAUGUUGAAAUGUCACCUUACACAUUGCACACAACUGUUGGAAGUGAAGUAGUCAAAGAUGUUCCAAUGCACAGGCACGUGACCCUGUCUGCCAACAACAGGUUUAGCCCAAAGGUAUCCCUUCCACCACCUUUUCAGAUGCCUCCCUCAAGAACCUGUACUAAGGAAAUGAGUGAUAAUUUAAAUCAGAAUGUUGAAAAAUCAAACGUCACACCUCCUGCCUCUUGCACUUAUAAAAUGGAUGAGGUUCAAAACCGCAUAAAGGAAAUACUAAAUAAGCAUAACAAUGGCAUUUGGAUAUCAAAGCUUCCACAUUUUUACAAAGAAUUAUAUAAAGAAGAACUUAAUCCCGGAAUUAUACAACAAUUUGAGCACUGGCCUCAUAUUUGCACAGUGGAAAAACCUUGCAGUGGUGGGCAAGAUUUGCUUCUUUAUCCAGCUAAGAGAAAGCAGCUUUUGAGAAGUGAACUGGAUGCUGAUAAAGUGCCUUCAUCCCCACCUGCUCCAAAACAAGUAACACCAUUGAAAGGAUGUCCAGCGGUUAUGCCAGGAGACUUGAAAGAGAAAGUUGCAGAGCUGCUGGGGAAAUACUCAAGCGGUCUUUGGGCCAGUGCACUCCCAAAAGCAUUUGAGGACAUGUACAAAGUGAAAUUCCCUAAGAAUGCCUUAAAAAAUCUUGCCUUGCUUUCUGAUGUAUGCACCAUAGACUACAUUUCUGGAAAUCCUCAGAAGGCCAUUCUCUAUGCUAAACUUCCAUUGCCCGCUGACAAAAUCCUGAAGGAUGCAGAGCAAGCACAUGGCGAUCAGGAUAUCAAGGCUAUGGUUGAACAAGAAUAUUUGCAGAUAGAAAGGAAUUUUGCCGAAAGUGCUGAUACCAUUAUGGAUAAUGUAACAGUUCCUCCGUUAAUCAUCCCAACUGAGGCAUCCCCAUCUGUAUUGGUGGUUGAACUGAGCAACACAAAUGAAGUGGUUAUCAGGUAUGUGGGCAAAGACUAUUCUGCUGCUCAGGAGUUAAUGGAAGAUGAGAUGAAGGAGUAUUACAGCAAGAACGCUACAGUCACCCCGGUCCAGUCUGUGCAUGUUGGGCAGCUGCUGGCUGUAAAUGCCGAGGAGGACGCCUGGUUACGGGCACAGAUCAUCUCCAUAGAAGAGAACAAAAUAAAGGUGUGCUACGUUGACUAUGGAUUUAGUGAAAACAUUGAAAAGAGCAAAGCAUACAAAUUAAACCCCAAGUUCUGUUCACUCUCAUUCCAAGCAACAAAGUGUAAGCUAGCAGGGUUGGAAGUUGUAAGUGAUGAUCCUGGUUUAGUGAAGGUGGUUGAAUCGUUAACUUGCGGAAAGAUCUUUGCAGUGGAAAUACUUGAAAAAGCUGAUAUUCCACUUGUUGUUCUGUACGACACUUCAGGAGACGAUGAUAUCAAUAUUAAUGCCACCUGCUUAAAGGCCAUGUGUGACAAGUCACUAGAGGUUCACCUUCAGGUUGAUGCCAUGUACACAAAUGUCAGAGUGACUAAUAUUUGCUCUGAUGGCACACUCUACUGCCAGGUGCCUUGCAAGGGUCUGAACAAACUCAAUGAUCUUCUGCAUAAGAUAGAGGACUACUUCCAUUGUAAGCACAUGACCUCGGAGUACUUCGUUUCCGUACCCUUCUGUGGGAAAAUCUGCCUCUUCCAUUGCAAAGGAAAAUGGUUACGAGUAGAGAUCACGAACGUUCACAGCAGCCGGGCUCUUGAUGUUCAGUUCCUGGACUCUGGCACUGUGACCUCUGUAAAAGUGUCCGAGCUCAGGGAAAUUCCCUCUCGGUUUCUACAAGAGAUGGUUGCAAUACCGCCUCAGGCCAUCAAGUGCUGUUUAGCAGAUCUUCCACAGUCUAUUGGCAUGUGGACACCAGAUGCUGUACUUUGGCUAAGAGAUUCUGUUUUGAAUUGCUCAGACUGUAGCAUUAAGGUUACAAAAGUAGAUGAAGCCAGAGGGAUUGCACAUGUUUAUUUAUUUACUCCUAAGAACUUCCCUGAUCCUCAUCGCAGUAUUAAUCGCCAGAUUACAAAUGCAGAUUUGUGGAAACACCAGAAAGAUGUGUUUUUGAGUGUCGUAUCCAGUGGAGCUACCUCUCCCAAGAGCAAAAGUGGUAACAGUAACACCCCCAUUGCAAGCGACACUGGAGAGAAUUCCAGAAAGAGCUUCACAGAUGUCAUCAAAAAGUCCAUUGUGGACCACACCAGGUCUAUCUCCAUGGAGGAACUGCCCCCUCCUGUCCACUUGUCAAAGCCAGGGGAACACAUGGAUGUGUACGUGCCUGUGGCCUGUCACCCCGGCUACUUUGUCAUCCAGCCAUGGCAAGAGAUACAUAAAUUGGAAGUUCUGAUGGAAGAGAUGAUUCUGUAUUACAGCGUGUCUGAGGAGCGCCACGUAGCAGUGGAAAAAGACCAAGUGUAUGCUGCAAAAGUGGAAAAUAAGUGGUACAGGGUGCUUUUAAAAGGGAUCCUGACCAAUGGACUGGUCUCCGUGUAUGAGCUGGACUAUGGCAAGCACGAAUUAGUCAGCAUAAGAAAGGUACAGCCCCUGGCGGACAUGUUCCGAAAGCUGCCAUUCCAGGCAGUCACAGCUCAACUAGCAGGAGUGAAGUGCAACCAGUGGUCGGAGGAGGCUUCGAUGGUGUUUCGAAAUCAUGUGGAGAAGAAGCCUCUGGUGGCAUUGGUGCAGACAGUUUUAGAAAAUGCUAACCCUUGGGACCAGAAAGCAGUGGUCUAUUUAGUGGACACAUCGUUGCCAGACACAGAUAUCUGGAUUCAUGAUUUUAUGUCAGAGUAUCUGGUAGAGCUUUCAAAAGUUAAUUAAUCACUGCUUUUGAGACCUUGACAACUAAUUCAGAUUUUUUUAGCAAUAACACAAUGUAGUAGGUUUUUAAAAAAAAUCUUAACUCUGCUACAUGGCUCUGACUGCUGUGGGGGAUCAAAAAGAAUAUGCUGUUUGAUGAAAGAUAUUUAACAAGUUUUGUUUAACAGAGUUGACUUUUCAAAGAAAAUUGCACUUGAAUUAUUACUAUAUUAGAAUAAAAAUGUUUAUCAAUAUAAAAA